AAAAAUGUUUCUUUGCAAAUUUUUGAUUUAUAGUUUGACAUUGACAUUUAUGUUCUAGGUGAAAUUUGCGUGUUUGGGAGUAGGCCUGAGGCUCUUCUAAUAUAUCUUAAUUUCGCGGCAUUUAAUAAGUUGUCCAAGUUAAAGAAAACAUUGUUAACAUCCAAAAUCAAUGUGAUAAAACCUCCAGAUCCAAACCAUGGACCGUGAAAGCUUAAACGCCUUAGAAGGGACCGACAUCACAAAAAUCAAACCAGUUCUACAAAAUUUCAACGAAAAGUACGCGCGGGACUUCGAUUUGACUCAACUGCAGACGAGCGGACAGUGGCCUGUCAUAUGGAAGUCAGUCUUCAACAUUCUAAAAAACGAGAAGAACGUCGAAAUCUACCCAGAAUGCCUGUCAUGCGUGCGCAUCUUAUCCCGCGACAAGAUACAGCUGGAAUCCAAAAUUCAGCCAACAGAUUUCGACUGUUUGCUGAAAAUCGCUGAUCUGUGUGAGCAUCAGAAACCCAACCAACCAAAAACGACAAUCUCAGACAAUGUUCUCACCGAGGCACUGAAAUGCCUCUGCAAUAUGGUGUUUCAAAGUGCAAAGUGUCAGGAAAUGUGCUCGAAAAACUACGCCAUCGUCGGCAUCCUGAAUCGAGUGAAGUGCCCAAAGACGUAUCCAUACGAAAUCGAAUACUUCGACAUGAAACUGCUAUUUCUCAUCACGGCCUUGAACGUGAAGACCAGGAAAAGAAUCCGAGACGAUCUCGACGGACUGACGUACCUAACUGAAUGGCUGAGCCAGAAAAACAAAAAGAACGACAGAUCGGACCAGCAAAUCGAUUUGAUCUGUGAAAUCCUCAAAAUCUUGUUCAACAUCACAAUUACUCCGAACGAAGGCGAUAACUCGUCUGAGAAUGAGAUUGAAUUUCGACGCCUGACCUCUAUUGCUCGUACUUUGCUUCUGGACUAUUCGACAAUGAAGACCGAGAAAGAGAACGAGUUGAUUUCGAAUGUAGUUAACCUUUUGACCAACGUGCCCACGGCUUGUAUUUCCGAGCUACUGGUUAGCCCAGCGACUGUUCAGCAACAAGGCGAGGAUGUGAAAUUAUUCGAAGGCAAAUGCGUGUUAGCCGCUGACGUGCUUUUGCAAUUCUUAAAACGCAAACUGGGUGCACCUCAAGACACCCCCACAAAGUUCGAAAUGCUUUCACCUAUUCUCACAGUAUUAGUAAAAUGCGUCCGCUCCGACGUAACACUUCGCCACUACAUUCGCUCAGUUAUUCUUCCACCGCUUCGCGACGUCAAGAAACGACCCGAAGAAGGCAACGAGUUCCGCAAUUAUCUCUGUCGAUUCCUCACAUCACCCUACACCCAAAUUCGGGACUUGUCUGCCGAACUGCUGUUUGUAUGCUGCAAAGAAAACGUUUUGCGCAUGAUUAAGCACACAGGCUACGGAAACGCAGCUGGGCUGUUGGCAAAUCGCGGCCUUAUGGGCGGCCGGAACACUAAGCCAACGGACUAUUCAUCGGACAGCGAAGAUAGCGACACCGAAGAGUACAAAGAGAUGCAGCAUGGAAUCAAUCCAGUCAUCGGGUGCUACGAGCCUCCACGACCUGAUCCACUUGCGGGUAUGAGCGACGAACAGAAGGAAUACGAAGCGGUGCAACUGGCCAAUCUAAUGGACAAAUUGCAUCGUCAAGGCAUCAUUCAGCCAUGUCGCAUCGGCCCUGAUGGGAAGCCUGAAGCAGUGGAGCAUAUCCAACAGCUUCAGGAAGAAAUACCGCAACAGCAAAUGGACCUUAAACGAAAAACCUAAAUUUGUCUUCGGCUCUGAUGUGGAGCUUGCAAUUUACAGUUAGUUUCUAAUUAGCCGUUAGUUUCUCAAUUAAGCGUAAUGUUCACUAGUCAUUUUGUUAUGUAGCCUUGUACCUAGGAUAAAAGCUUAUAUACCAGCUUACUGCACUAUUUGCGUUAAGCUCUACAGAAGUGAUACGGUUGCUAUCAAUAAAAAUAUUUCAUAAUUUCAAAA